AUGCCGGAUAUUCCCCUCACUCCAAACUUUAUUAUAAAGCUCUACAGCAAGACUUUGGAUUUACCACUGAGUGUAAACCCACCCAUGGAGCCUCUCUGCAAUGGAGCCUUGAGCCCUGAAGAAGCUCUGUGUGAUUCCCUUCCCCCUCCAGCCAAACUGUCACGCCUGGAGCAGCCCACAGCAGCAGCCUCGCCCAGAGAGGAGCCCCCCUCUCAGGGCAGCCCCGGGGUGAUACGGCCCUGUCUGAACCCCAGGACCUCACCAGGGAGGGGCUCAAGCAAAAGCUGCCACUCCAAAGGGAGCCUGCUGCCAGUGUUCUGUGUGGUGGAGCACCGGGGGGCCUCACAGGAGGGACCCCAGCUGGAGGGGCCCCGCAGAGAGGAGCACGCCGAGUUUGUCUUGAUCAAGAGAGAUCUGCUGUUUAACCAGCUCAUCGAGAUGGCCCUGCUCACCCUGGGCUACUCCCACAGCUCCGCCGCACAGGCCAAAGGUCUGAUCCAGGUGGGGUGCUGGAAGCCUGUGCCUCUGUCCUAUGUGACCUCCGCCCCUGACGCUACAGUGGCCGACAUGCUCCAGGACGUCCACCAUGUCAUAACCCUCAAGAUACAGCUGCACAGUUGUCCAAGGCUGGAGGACCUGCCAGCGGAGCAGUGGACCCACUCCAUUGUGAGAAACGCCCUGAAGGAGCUUCUCAAAGAGAUGAACCAGAGCUCACUGGCCAAAGAGUGUCCUCUGUCCCAGAGCAUGAUCUCAUCCAUCGUGAACAGCACUUACUAUGCAAACGUCUCCGCCACCAAGUGUCACGACUUUGGACGCUGGUACAAGCAGUUCAAGAAGGCCAAGUUCCUCAAAGAAGUGGAGAUGCUGAAUGACGCACCUCAGCAACCCCCUCCUCCUCCUCAGCCGCCGACAACGGCUACGCCCCCUGACCCCUCUGGCCUGAUAUUCCCUCGAGGGGGGCCCCUCUGUGCCCCCACCUCCCUCCCUGUGCGGCCCCCAGGACUGCCUACCCCCCCUCUCAACCCCCCUGUGGUCAACCCACAGUUGGUCAUGGCUCAGCUUCUCAACCAGCAGUACGUUGUGAGCCACAUGCUAGGACAGUUUAUGCCCCCUUCUCCUCAGCAGUACCUCCACCACCCCCCGGUCGGCAGCAGCAGGGCCUCAACAAAGCCCAGAGUCCCGGAGCCACAAGGGCCCGCUCCAGCUCAGUGCGGCCCAGCGGGAGGGCUCUCAGCUGGGGCACAGAACCUCAGUUCUGCCGGGGCGCUGGGAGGCUGUGUGGACGUGCCCUUUUCCAUCUACCACAGUGUGAGGGAGGAGCUGAAGAGGGCGGGUGUGUCCCAGGCCGUGUUCGCCCGUGUGGCCUUCAACAGGACACAGGGUCUUCUAUCAGAGAUCUUGCGUAAAGAAGAGGACCCCAAACACGCGUCCCAGUCCUUGCUGGUCAACCUGCGUGCCAUGUACAGCUUUCUGCAGCUGCCUGAAGCCGAGAGGGAGCGCAUCUACCACGAGGAGAAGGAACGCUGUCUGACCGCGGGCCCAGUCUGUAGUACCCCACCCAGGAACAACCAGGCACGCCUGUCUCCGGUAGCUCCAGAUCGGGUGGUCAGGGCGGACUCGGGGCUGCUCUACGUCACCUCCUCCAUCUACGAGCAGAUACAGCAGGAGAUGAGGAGAGCCAAGGUCUCCCAGGCUCUGUUCGCGAAAGUGGCUGCCUCCAAAAGCCAGGGCUGGCUGUGUGAGCUGCUGCACUGGAAGGAGGAGCCCAGCCCGGAGAACAGGACUCUAUGGGACAACCUGUGCACCAUCCGCCACUUCCUCAGCCUGCCCCAGGGCGAGCGCGAUGCCUUGUAUGAGCAGGAAAGUGUGGGCCCGGGCUAUGGAGACCAGAGGAGCUUCAGUGAGAGGCUGGCUGACAGGACUCUGUACCAGCGCAUCUCUCCACUGUCACAGCACCUUCCACAUUCAGAGAGCCGUCCUCAUCUGUCACCAGGGCACCCACAGGAGGCAUCACCCACUGACCGCAGGAGUCAAGGCAGCUGGGGCACCCAAGGGAGAUCCCGGAUACCCAGUAGAGAGAGUGAGGAGAGGACUAACGGAUUGGGACAAAUCAGUGAGGGUCAAAACUUUUCUGAGUAUGAGAGAAAGGACUGCAGAUAUCAGGAACAGUGUGGAGAGAAGGAGGAAAAACCCAGCAUUGAGAGCAAGAUGGAAGUGCAGGCACAGAUUCAGGCGGGAUGCUUAAAGGUGUCCAGAGAGGCCCUAGGGAUCCUCCAGAGCUUCAUUCAGGAGGUUGGACUGCCCCCUGACGAAGAGGCGGUGUGCACCCUGUCCGCUCAACUAGGCCUGCCCCAACAUGCCAUCUGCAGCUUUUUUAACAGCCAGAACACUCACACAACAGAGAGGGGGCCAAGAGAGAGCCCUGAGGGACACCUCCCUAGAAGUAUGGAGUCAAGGCUGUCUCAUUCGGAGAAGACGGAGAGGGAGGACUUUAGAGUGUCCCAUCCGGAAAGAGGGACAGGAGAGGAGGACUCUAGUGCGGUCACAGAGAUGGAUGUGGGGACUCAGACCAGUUUUGCCCUAAAACAGGAGCAGAUGGACAACACGCCAGACCUUGAUAAUCCAGAGUAUAUAUGAUCAGGUUUAGUCUUAUACAUCUGUCUUGUCAUACUUUGUUGUUUUUUUAUGUGAAUUUAAAAG